ACUACCCCGUUCCGGGGCGCUUUGCAUUCUCUCGCUGUGUGUGUGUGUGUAUACAGUGUGUACGCAGCUGUGCUCUCUUGCGGAGUGUGUUUUUUCACCAUCCUCCGGUGGAGGGGGCCCGUGCAACCGACUACAGCAUGUAGGACCUGGAUCACCUCGGUGUCUCGAGACGCGUUCCCCCGGGAUUAAACGGAAAAACGGAUUAUAUUAUCCAUUGUUUAUGGACUAUUAUUAACGGACGCCAAACAGGGAUCUAACGGGGGAUUUUAACAGCUGGAUAAGGGAGGGGAGAGGGGGGUUCUCCUCGGUAAAUGAGCGGAGAGGAAGCUUCCAUUUUGAGAGAGAAUCAUGGCGAGCGACUCCCCGGCCCGGAGUCUGGAUGAGAUAGAUCUGUCAGCACUACGGGACCCAGCUGGUAUAUUUGAACUAGUGGAGUUGGUGGGAAAUGGAACCUACGGGCAGGUCUACAAGGGUCGCCAUGUCAAAACUGGCCAGCUUGCCGCUAUCAAAGUUAUGGACGUCACUGGCGAUGAGGAAGAGGAGAUUAAAGCAGAGAUCAACAUGUUGAAGAAGUACAGCCACCAUCGGAACAUUGCUACCUACUACGGUGCCUUCGUCAAGAAGAACCCUCCUGGCAUCGACGACCAGCUAUGGUUGGUGAUGGAGUUCUGUGGGGCGGGCUCGGUGACAGAUCUGAUUAAGAACACCAAGGGGAACUCUCUGAAGGAGGAGUGGACUGCCUACAUCUGCAGAGAGAUCCUCAGGGUAGAAUUCAGUUCAAUUCAAAGGGCUUUAUUGGCAUGGGAAACAUGUUUACGUUGCCAAAGCAAGUGAAAAAGACAAGAAAGAGUAAUAAAAAAUGAACGGUAAACAUUACACUCAUGUUUCAAAGGAAUAGAAACAUUUCAAAUGUCAUAUUAUGUAUAUAUAUAUACAGUGUU